GUCUUUUGCCAAUUUACACGCGAAAAUUUAGGAAAAAAGCUGGUCAUUUUAUAUGCCAAAUUUCUUGCAAAUUUGGUAGUAGACAAGUUGCAAUAUGUACAUGCAGAAAAUGCAUCCUGUCUACCGGAUUUAAGAAAUUGAUUAUUAUUAUUAUUACGGAAAUGCAAUCAUAAUCAUUAGGAAGAUACAUAAAAUUAAAGAAGAUGAAUUGAAGGUUAGGUUGCACCAAGUUUAAAAUAAACAAUUUGCAAAUGCAAUGUUAACCACUCAUAAGUUACAUAAAGCAACGACCUGUUCGCAGUUGGUGUUAAAAUUUCGUUCGUUGUUGGCGCCGCUGCCAGCUCAAAAUGAAUUCAGCCCUAACGUAAACCGCGUUUCAAAACGGUGGUUUCAUCCUCAUUUCGUCUUGAAGCAUAAUGUAGAAAGUGAAAAUGAUUUUAUGUUCAGUAUCGUUAGGCGGCCUUGGGUUGAGGUGCUAACCGAUUCGAACGAUAGGGUUAACAAUGAAGAAGAGUUUUCCAAACUCUUGGAUCGAGACUGGCGUAGUUCCAACGCCUCCGACAUCGUCAGUGCUUUUAAGCGGGCCAAGCAGUUUUGCUUUAACAACAACGUUCCCAUUUCGGAUGAACGGUUUAACAAGUUAGUGGAUGGGUUGAUGGACCACUGUGAUAAAUUGAAAUAUGAAGAUAUAAUAGAUUUAAUGCAGUGCCUGUCCGAGUAUCCACCAUGUGAAAGUUACAAAUCGCGUAACAUGCACGACGUGUUUAGCUGUCUAGAUGACGUGUGCUGUUGGAAAAUGCAAAAUUGGUCUAUGGAUCAAUUGUUAACAGUCGCCGACCUCUGGUAUAAAUUUAACCUGGCAAAAAUAGGCGAUUUUAUUUACUUGCUACUCAAUAGAAAGGCAAGCAAAGCUCAUCAUUUGACCAAGGACCAAUUGGUCAGGGUGUUUUUCUUUUUUAACGUUUGUAGGAAGAAGUCGGUAGACUUUAAUUACGAAUGCGCGGUUGAAAACAAAAUUAAAGAGAUGAAUAUAGACGAGAUGGCGGUAGUCGCUAUAGGUUACUUUAAAACUAGGUCCAAAUUUAGGAGUCUUUCUAUAAUGCAAACUAUGAUAGAGGAAGUUCUCACGAACAGCAAAAGUGUGCAUGAAAUUUCUCUCACCGCCAUUUUAAAGAUAUUGAGGUAUUCAUCUUCAUACAAAAUGGCUACUCAGAUAUGCAAACUGGUGAACACUCUCUACCAUGAGAUCGACCGCCUGUCAGACAUGGCCUGCCUUCACCUGAUGCUGUUGGCAGCGUCAUUUCAAAUGUUUCAUGAAAAGAUGAUCCAAAAAGGCGCUGCAAAAUUAGGUCGUAAUAUCGAUAAAAUUCGUUCCAAAGACAUCGAAAGGUUGUUAUAUGUUUUAACAAUGUUUGAUUACAAACCAAAUAUUGAACCUGACAUCUUCAAGGCAGCAUAUGAAGAAAUUCUUAGCGAUAAAAGGUUAUGGGAAGUGGUCAAAUACCCGAGAAUCUUUCUCACUUCGUUGUACCACUUGAGCAUAAGGGAUGUCUACUCUUACCACUGGAUGAAUAAAAUUUUUGAUGAAGAAUACAUUAAAGAGAACUUUGGAAAAGGGGCGAAGAAUGUGCCAAGGCUCCUUUACUGUCUAGAUGUAUCCGCACGCAUUGAUUGUCCCGAUUAUAAGGGUAAAAGGUUAUCCCCGAACCUAGCAUACAAAGCGGCAAAGUGGAAUACAUGCUAUACUCCCACUCAUGGUAAGAAAUCACGUUCCCUUAUUGACCAGUUCCAUCUAGAAACAAUUGAGACCGUGAAAGGAAUAGUGCAAAACGAUGAGCUUCUAUUUAUUGAACAUGUGAUUCCUAGUUUCCCUCGGGCCGACAUCAUCCUUUGCAAAGAUAAAUUAACCGACAAUUUCGUGGAGCCUGUGGGGUUUCAAAGAUACAUUUUUGGUGACGUCAUGAUACCGCAUCACGACGAUAACCUAAAAUGGUACGCGAUAGUAGUAAUAGGCCCGGAUCACGUCGUCAGAGACACGAGCAUGCCUCUGGCUGCUUUCACCAAAAAACUGAAGCAGCUGCAAAAAAUCGGGUACAACCCGGUGCCGGUCACAUGGAGGGAAUUCAUGCCGCUCCCGCAGUCGGAAAGGAAGCGAUACAUUUCCGCGAAUUUGAGAUGACGCGGUUGACGUCACGCGCCACAGACCACGCUCGAAAUAAACGUUUUUUGACACGUCA